AUGAAUCCAAUUCAGUUUCAACAACACUUCAAGCUGGAGAAACCGAGAGGAAUCUUGAACUUCCAAGCAAUAAGAUCGUUCACGACCUUAUUCAGACUGAUCGAACUGAUUCUUUUUCUAAUCUUCAUCUCCAAACUCUCUUUCCCUUCAGUGAAGUUCUCCGGUGACAUUUUCAGGGAAGCAUCAAUGUUUCUCGUUAGCCCGAGAUUCGUUUUCUUCAUCGGAAACGCAAUCGUCAUAACUCUCUUUGCGAAAUCCAGACAACACAGCUCGGCUCACGAGGCUAUUCCAAAGACAACAGAAGCUGCAAGCAACGAUCAUUACCAAGAACUUCUUCUUCACAAGAGUGAGAAGAAGAGAUCUGAAGUUUAUGAGACGAAAACAGAACCACCGAAGAAGCCGAGUGGAGUGAAAAGGGUUAGUUUCUCGAGAAGCCAAUCGCAGAAAGCGUUUGAGGCGGUUCAGCCGCUGGAGAGUACAUGUGGUGGGAAAAUCAUGAAGAGGUAUGCAUCGGAGAAGCAUAUGAGGAUUUGUGACUCGGAAAAGAAAGUAGAGGUGAGAGUCAAGAAACCAAAAGAUGGAAUGAGCAACGACCAAUUUAGGACAAAGAUUGAAGCUUUCAUUGCCAGACAAAAGAGAAUUCAAAAGGAUGAAGAACACUUGAUAAUCUAG